AGGCCUUCCUCGCGGACAACGAGGGCUCUGCUCGGCAGGCGGCGGAGCAGGAGGCCCUGCAGCUGCGGCUGGAGCAGCUGCAGAGGGAGCAGGAGGCGGCGGGCGUCAGACACGGCGAGGGGCUUCGCGCCGCCGCCGGCGAGGCGGAGGCGCUCCGCAGGGAGUUCGCGUCCCGGGCCCAGCGGGAUUCCGCCCUCGAGCAGGAACUGUCCUCGCUGCGCCAGGACCUCCGCGCCGCCGCCAGCGAAGCCGAGGGGCUGCGAAGGGAGUUCGCCAGCCAGGUGCAGCGCGCGGGCGCGUCGCAGCAGGACCUCGGCUGGCUUCGGCAGGAGGUGGAGCGGCUGAGCGCGGAGAGCGCGCAACACCACUCCCAGCUGCAGGUCCACCAGGCCGAGAUCGACCGCCUGAAGCACGCGCACGAGGAGUGCGCCCGCUUUCGGGCCGAGAUCCGCGAGCAGCUCGAGCGCCAGCGGUCCGAGAUGGAGCAGCGCCUGGGGUCGCAGCUCCGGGAGCUGGAGAACCGCCUGGAGUCGCAGCUCGUCGCGCAGCUGCGCGAGGCGCGCGAGGCGGACGCGCGCAGCCACAGUCAGCUCCGGGACGAGAUGUCCCGGCUUGCAGCCAAGGCUGCGCGCGAGGCGCUGGAGCGCGUGCCGCGCCCCCAGCCGCAGGAGCCGCCACCGGUGGUAGCGCCCUCGCCCCAGCCCGCGCCGCAGAUGGAAAACGUCAGCGAGGAGGCCUUUGCCGUCCUGCGCGGCGACGGCGAGCAGUACGAGCUGCCCGAGACCAAGAACGUGGUUGGGCGAAGCGCGUCCUGCAACGUCUGCAUACCCACCUCGCAGGCAAUCUCCAACCGGCACGCGUCUGUGGACUUUGGCGGCGACUCGAAGGUCACGAUCAGAGACUUGGGAUCCCGGAACGGGACUUUCCUCAACGAUCACCGCGUCGACCAGGGAAACGGCUUCGUGCUCAGCAGCGGCGACGCGGUACGCCUCGGCUGUGACGGCC